AUGUCGGCGUACGACCACUCAAAAGUCACCCACUUCAUAGGUGGUAAUGCACUCGACAAAGCUCCGUCGGGCAGCGUCCAAGCAUUUGUGAAAAGCCAUGGCGGCCAUACUGUCAUCACCAAGGUGCUAAUUGCGAACAACGGUAUCGCUGCAGUCAAAGAGAUUCGUUCCAUCCGCCAAUGGAGUUACGAGACCUUCGGAAGUGAACGUGAAGUCGAGUUCACCGUCAUGGCCACCCCAGAAGACCUCAAGGUCAAUGCUGAAUAUAUUCGGAUGGCUGACCGCUUCAUCGAAGUCCCUGGUGGCUCCAACAAUAACAACUACGCUAAUGUCGACUUGAUUGUCGAUAUCGCUGAAAGAGCUGGUGUCCAUGCGGUCUGGGCAGGCUGGGGUCAUGCCUCAGAGAAUCCUCGUCUCCCCGAAAGUCUUGCCGCUAGCAAAAACAAAAUCGUCUUCAUCGGUCCUCCGGGUAGUGCCAUGCGCAGCCUUGGCGACAAAAUCUCGAGUACUAUCGUCGCUCAAAGCGCGAAUGUCCCAACGAUGGCGUGGUCUGGCACUGGAAUUUCCGACACAGUUGUCUCUGACACCGGUUAUGUCGUCGUGCCUGACCAAGCUUACCAAGAUGCCUGCGUUACCAGUGUUGAGCAGGGUUUACAGAAGGCUGAGGAAAUUGGAUGGCCAGUGAUGAUCAAAGCUAGUGAAGGAGGAGGAGGAAAGGGUAUUCGCAAGGUCGAAAAACCUGAAGCUUUCAAAAAUGCAUAUAACGCGGUUGCGGGCGAAAUUCCAGGCUCUCCGAUCUUUAUUAUGAAGCUCGCUGGCCAGGCGCGCCAUCUGGAAGUCCAGUUGCUUGCUGACCAAUACGGUGAUGCAAUUUCGCUCUUUGGACGUGACUGCUCGGUACAACGUCGUCACCAGAAGAUCAUCGAGGAAGCGCCAGUCACGAUUGCGAAGGAGGAUACUUUCGAGCAGAUGGAGCGUGCUGCCGUCCGACUUGCGAAGCUUGUAGGUUAUGUCAGCGCUGGCACGGUUGAAUACUUGUACAACCACGCAGAAGAUGAUUUCUAUUUCCUCGAGCUCAACCCCCGUUUACAAGUCGAGCACCCGACAACUGAGAUCGUGUCCGGUGUCAAUCUGCCUGCCGCGCAACUACAGGUCGCAAUGGGUAUUCCUCUUCAUCGCAUCAAGGAUAUUCGACAGUUAUAUGGCGUUGCUCUCAAUGCUUCAUCUGAAAUAGACUUCGAUCUGGUCAAGCCCGACUAUAAUCAAGUACAACGAAAGCCUCGUCCCAAGGGUCAUGUUGUUGCGGUCCGAAUCACUGCUGAGAAUCCCGACGCUGGUUUCAAACCCUCAUCUGGUUCCAUCCAAGAGCUCAACUUCCGCUCCAGCACAAACGUAUGGGGUUACUUCUCUGUUGCAACGGCUGGUGGUCUUCACGAGUUCGCCGACUCGCAAUUUGGCCACAUUUUUGCAUACGGUGAAGACCGUGACGAGAGUCGGAAGAACAUGAUUGUCGCCCUCAAGGAACUCAGCAUUCGCGGCGACUUCCGACACACUGUCGAGUAUUUGAUCAAGCUGCUCGAAUUGGAGGCAUUCCGAAACAACACCAUCACCACUGGGUGGCUGGAUUCUCUGAUCAGCAACAAACUCACCGCUGAGCGACCGGAUGCUACUCUAGCCGUCGUUUGCGGCGCGGUCACGAAGGCUUUCAUUGCUUCCGAGGCUUGUUGGACAGAGUACAAACAAAUUCUCAACAAGGGCCAGGUCCCUGCACGUGACAUUUUGAAGACCGUUUUUGGUGUCGACUUCAUUUACGAAAAUGUUCGCUACUCCUUCACCGUGGCGCGGUCAUCGAUGCAUGCAUGGACAUUAUAUCUUAAUGGAGGACGUACUCCUGUGGGCGCUCGACCUCUCGCUGACGGCGGUUUGCUCAUAUCUCUUGACGGACGGAGUCAUUCGGUCUAUUGGCGCGAAGAAGUUGGUGCUACGCGUCUCUCGGUCGACGCGAAAACCUGCCUCAUCGAGCAAGAAAAUGACCCAACUCAACUUCGCAGCCCAAGUCCUGGCAAGUUGAUUCGUUACUUCCUUGAAAGCGGGGAUCAUAUUAAUGCUGGAGAGCAAUACGCCGAGAUCGAGGUUAUGAAAAUGUACAUGCCUCUUGUCGCUUCCGAAGAUGGAACGGUUCAGUUAAUCAAGCAGCCUGGAGUCAGCCUGGCCCCGGGUGAUAUCCUGGGAAUUCUGACUUUGGACGAUCCUACGCGUGUCAAACACGCACGUCCAUUUGAUGGUCUUUUACCUUCAAUGGGUGAGCCCGGAGUGAUUGGCAACAAGCCGCAUCAACGUUUUGCGCGUUGCCUGAGCACUCUUGAGGAUAUUCUCGACGGUUUCGAUAACCAAGCCGUUAUGAUCCCAACUUUCAAGGACCUAAUCGAAGUCCUCCACGAUUCCGAACUUCCCUACUCCCAAGCCACUGCCAUUCUGUCAGCCCUAUCUGGUCGCAUGCCCGUCAAACUGGAGGAAAGCAUUCGUUCAGCUAUCGAUGCCGCAAAAGCGAAGGGCGCCGGACAAGAGUUCCCUGCAGUCCGUAUCAAGAAGGCCAUUGACCACUACAUUCAGGACAACCUUCUUGCUCAAGACCGAACCAUGUUCCGCGCGCAGCUGGCACCUUUAUUCCAGGUGUUGGAGGCAUUCAGCGGCGGUCUCAAAGGUCACGAGCAGGAUACCAUCUCACAACUCCUCGAGCGAUAUGACGCGACUGAAAAGCUGUUCGGUGGUAGCAGCAUCGAAAGCCGAAUUCUCGCACUUCGUGAUCAACAUAAGGACGACCUGGAUAAGGCAGUUGCUGUCGUCCUCAGUCACAUCAAGGCGCAGAACAAAGCCAAACUCGUGCUUGCUAUACUUGACUACGUCAAGACCAGCAAUCUCAAUGUGUCCGAUGCAGAGGGCCGUCUCUAUCUAGUUUUGCAAGGCCUAGCAGCACUUGAAUCCAAGUCCUCGACGAACGUGUCAUUGAAGGCUCGCGAAGUGCUCAUUCUUGGGCAAAUGCCUUCGUAUGAAGAGCGUUUGGUUCAAAUGGAGGCUAUUCUCAAGUCAUCGGUCGGAACCACCCUCUACGGUGAACAAGGCUACAAUAAAUCGAGGACCCCGUCGGCGGAAGUGUUGAAGGAACUGAGUGACUCGCGUUAUACGGUUUACGACGUGCUACCAGCGUUUUUCCACCAUGAAGAUCCGCUUGUCACGCUUGCUGCCUUUGAAGUCUAUGUUCGUCGGGCAUAUCGCGUUUACAAUCUCCUCUCGAUCGACUAUGAAGAGGGAGAUACUCUCGAUGACGGAGAAGUCCCUACGGUCGUCAAUUGGCGCUUCAAUUUGGGCCGUUCCCACUCUCCUCCAGCAACACCAAGCCUCGAACGACCAGCACCCAAGCGAUCGGGUUCUGUCAGCGACCUGACGUACAUGAUCAAUCGCCAUCAGUCACAGCCCAUUCGCACUGGUGCGAUCGCAUCCUUCCCCACGCUUGACAGUCUUGCCCGUGGUUUUGCGAAAGUUGCUGAAACGCUGCCCGUUUUUGAUGUUGAGGAGCAUCGUCGCCGUUACGGAAACAAUAUCCAACCACCCAAUGUCAUGAACAUUGCGCUCCGUAUCUUCAACAAAGAGGAGGACAUGACCGAAGAUGCGUGGUCCAAGAAGUUAACGGUAUUCACCAACGAGCACGGUGAAAUACUGGCUCGUCGUGGGGUCCGUCGUAUCUCGUUCUUUAUCUGCCGCCCUGGGCAAUACCCUGUCUACUUCACCCUUCGGUCAGAAGAUGGGCCAUGGACAGAAGAGCAAGCCAUUCGUAACAUCGAACCAGCUCUUGCAUUCCAACUGGAGCUCAGUCGUUUGUCCAAGUACAACCUCAAGCCAUGCUUUGUCGAGACGAAGCAGAUCCACAUUUACCAUGCCGUUGCUCAAGAGAACCAACUUGACAAUCGCUUCUUCGUUCGAGCCUUGGUUCGCCCUGGUCGACUUCGUGGCUCGAUGAGUACUGCAGAAUACCUCAUUUCUGAAACAGACAGACUCGUCACAAACGUUCUUGAUGCUCUUGAAGUCGUUACCGCCGAAUAUCGCAAUGCCGACUGCAACCAUAUUUUCUUGAACUUCGUCUACAACCUCAACGUGACUUACGAAGACGUACUAGCGGCCAUCGCAGGCUUUAUCGAGCGACAUGGGAAGCGGUUGUGGCGGCUGCAUGUCACUGGGUCUGAAAUCCGAAUCUCUCUUGAAGACAACGAAGGCAACGUUACCCCUAUUCGCUGCACGAUCGACAACGUUUCCGGGUUCAUCGUCAACUAUCACGGCUACCAGGAGAUUUCCACUGAUAAGGGCACGAUUCUCAAGUCCAUCGGCGACAAAGGACCGCUUCAUUCUGAGCCGGCCCAUCAACCAUAUCCUACGAAGGAGUCGUUACAGCCUAAGCGGUACCAGGCUCAUCUCAUUGGCACCACCUAUGUCUAUGACUUCCCUGGACUCUUUUCCAAGGCACUGAACAAUGUCUGGGUGCGGGCUAGGGUCGCUGACCCUUCUCUUGUCAUGCCCAAGGAGUAUUUGACGUCAAAGGAACUUGUCCUCGACGAGAAUGAUCAGCUAAUCGAAGUUGGCCGUGCUCCAGGCAACAACACACUGGGUAUGGUAGCCUGGGUGUUCACUCUCCGCACCCCCGAAUACCCUCAAGGUCGACGUGUUGUCGUUAUUGCCAAUGAUAUUACGUACAAGAUCGGCUCGUUCGGCCCGGCCGAAGAUCAAUUCUUCUAUCUCGUCACUCAAUACGCGCGCAGCCUUGGCCUGCCUCGUAUUUAUCUUUCUGCCAACUCUGGAGCACGCAUUGGUCUGGCUGAGGAAGCGUUGCCGUUGUUUUCUGUUGCAUGGAAUGACAACGAGCGACCAGAGAAGGGCAUCAAGUACCUGUACCUUACUCGCGAGAAAUUCCUCAAGCUUGAAGAGAUGGGUGGUGACUCAGUUCGCACUGUGGAAGUCGAGGUUGAUGGAGAGCGCCGCUAUAAGAUCACCGACAUCAUUGGUUUGCAGGACGGUCUGGGUGUCGAGUCGCUGAGGGGAUCUGGUCUGAUUGCUGGUGAAACUUCGCGAGCCUACGACGACAUAUUCACCAUCACACUUGUGACUGCUCGCUCGGUCGGUAUUGGCGCGUACCUCGUUCGCCUCGGUGAACGGGCAGUCCAAGUUGAGGGCCAACCAAUCAUCUUGACUGGAGCUCCAGCCCUCAACAAGGUUCUCGGUCGCGAAGUCUAUACGUCAAAUCUGCAGCUUGGAGGCACUCAAAUCAUGUUCAAGAAUGGUGUUUCCCACCUUACCGCCAGCAGCGACUUGCAAGGCGCCACCCAGAUUCUCGAUUGGCUGUCGUAUGUUCCUGAAGUCAAAAACGGACCCCUCCCUAUUCGUGAAAUUCCUGACACUUGGGACCGUGACAUCGACUACGUGCCGCCCAGGGGAGCGUAUGAUCCAAGGUGGUUUAUCGAGGGUAAGAUUGACGAGGAGACGUCUUUGUGGACGAGCGGUUUCUUUGACAAGGACUCCUUCCAAGAGACUCUGAGUGGCUGGGCUCAGACUGUUAUUGUUGGCCGAGCACGACUUGGUGGAAUUCCCAUGGGUGUGAUUGCAGUUGAGACGCGGACGAUUGAACGCGUUGUUCCCGCUGACCCUGCCAACCCCGCUUCUUUCGAGCAGCAUAUAAUGGAGGCCGGUCAAGUCUGGUAUCCCAACUCGGCGUACAAGACUGCCCAAGCCAUCUUCGACUUCAACCGUGAAGGCUUACCGCUCAUCAUCUUUGCCAACUGGCGUGGUUUCUCUGGUGGCCAACAAGACAUGUACGACGAAGUCUUGAAACAGGGUUCGAAGAUUGUCGACGGUCUUUCGAGCUACAAACAACCCGUUUUCGUCUACAUCGUCCCGAACGGUGAGCUUCGUGGCGGUGCAUGGGUCGUUCUUGAUCCGUCGAUCAACCCGGAACAAAUGGAAAUGUAUGCCGAUGUUGAUGCACGUGCCGGUGUGCUUGAGCCAGAGGGUAUUGUCGAAAUCAAGAUGCGACGGGACAAAAUCGUCAAACUCAUGGAUCGACUCGACCCAACUUAUGCUUCUUUGAAGCGCGACAGCAAUAAUGCGUCCAAGACUCCUGAAGAACGCGCUGAAGCCUCUGCUGCGCUCGCUAGCCGUGAAACGUUACUCAAACCCACCUACCAGCAAAUUGCCUUACUCUACGCCGACCUUCAUGAUCGGACAGGUCGUAUGGAAGCCAAAGGCUGCGCAAAACCAGCUGUCUGGAAGGAGGCUCGUCGACACUUCUACUGGGCAGUUCGUGCCAAGGUUGCUCGGUCAGCCGCCCUUGCAGAUAUUGCUGAAGCGAGCCCCGGGACAACACUCGAAUAUCGUACUCGCUUACUUAACUCUUUGGCCGGUGUCGAUGCGACCACUUCUCCUCGCGUUUCCGCAGAAAAACUCGAAAAACUUGAUUUGACCCAGACGGUCACUCAACUCAAGUCGGAGCAUUUGAUGAGGAACCUGCUUACACUCACCAAGGAGGACCGAAAAGCGGCGAUGGAUGGUCUUUUGCGCUUCGCUGACAACCUUUCCGACGAAGAAAGGACAUCUCUUCUGGCUGUGCUGCAGAAUUCUGCGCGUCCAUCUGCUCCUCCAUCUUACGUUCCUUCAUGA